AUGUCAUCAUAUGAGAAUGUUGUUGGUGGGAAGCUGAAGCUUAAGGGGAAGGCUCUGGAUGUGAAGGCUCCUGGAAUGAAGAAGAAAAAGAAACAUAAGAAACAUCAAGAUCAAACAUCUCUUGUCACAGAACAUGAGCUCUCAGCUGGUGGAAGUACAGAACUAUCAACGAACCCUGAUGAGGAAGAAAUAAAUGAUGCCAACAAAUCAGGUGAGGAGGGGAAGGCUCCUCAUUACGAUGAUCAUCUCACACCCGCAGAGAGGCGAUAUAUAGAGCAGAGAGAGAGAAUUGAUACGCAUAGGAUGGCCAAGACAGCGAAUAAAUCCCACCGUGACAGAAUUCAAGACUUCAACCAAUAUCUGGCAAACAUGAGUGAGCACUAUGACAUUCCUAAAGUUGGCCCUGGCUAA